AUGCCUCCCAAGAUUGAAUCCUUUGUGCCAGAGUCCAAAUUAUACACAGAUCUCGUAGAAUUUGAAAAGAAGUUGGAUGCAACCAUUAUGAGAAAGCGUUUAGAUAUUCAAGAAGCCCUAGGAAAGCCAACAAAGGUACAUCGCACUCUACGUCUUUUCAUUUCCAACACCACCUCAGAUCAGUCAUUCACCAUGGAUGAUGAAAACGCCUUUGACCUGAAUAACGGAAGUGUGCCCAGUUGGACACUCAAGAUUGAAGGAAGAUUGUUGAAUCCUGCUGCUCCUGCAAAAUCAGCACAGCCUGCUCAAAAACUCACCUCGUUCUUUCGCUCUGUGGUUGUGGAAUUAGAAAGAGACCCCCAAUUAUAUCCAGAAGGAAAUCUGAUUGAGUGGCAAAAACAACCCAAUACAUCUGAUUUUGAUGCAAUUGAGAUCAAGCGAAAGGGCGAUGUCAAUGUCAAGGCCAAGAUCAUCAUCCAUCUUGAAUCCAACCCACAGAAAUUCAAGUUGAGCCCUGCAUUGGCUGAUUUAUUAGAUGUCAAGAUGGAGACGAAACCACAAAUUGUGAUGGGCAUCUGGAACUAUUGCAAAAAUCACAAACUUCAAGAUCAAGAGGACAAGCGUGUUAUUCAUUGCGACAACCGUUUGGGCCAAAUUUUUGGAUAUCCUCAACUCCAUUUUUCCCAACUUCCCGAACUCAUCACACAGCAUUUGAGUCGACCUGAUCCAGUCGUGAUUGAAUACACCAUCCGCGUCGAUAAGCCAUUACAUCAAUCAUCAAAAGCCUUCGAUAUCGAUGUAGAAUUAGACAGCGUUGUUCGACAAAAGAUGAUGCACAUUGUCUCCUCGUCUCUGACACAAAAGGAAAUCGUGGCAUUGGAUGAUAAAAUUGUUCAGUGCGUGCAAAGUAUCAACAACAGUAAGAUUAAGCGCGAUUUCUUGAUGCAAUUCUCCAAGGAACCAGUUGAAUUCAUCAACAAGUGGAUCGCAAGUCAAGCUAGAGAUUUAGAGGUCAUUUUGGGCGAAAGUAAAGUCAACUUAGAGGAGAUGAGACAGACCGACUUUUAUAAGCAACCUUGGAUGAAGGAGGCUGUGUUCCAUUAUUUAACAACAAAGACACAACAACGCAUGCAGGAACUCCUUGGAUUCCAAUCAUAA